UUGAAGUAUUAUUUGGACAUUUUCUUAUCCUUCAAAAAUGUUAAAAAAAAAACUUUUUUGAUCAUUUUGGUCAAAUAUAAAAAGAUUAAACUGUAAUUGAAUGCAUUUUCUGUGUAGUACUGUGGUCAUAUUAUUUAUGUAUUUGCUUCUUUGCUAAGGGUUGUGCUUCAGAUAAGGUUCUGUGAUGUAGCCUUAUUGAGGUAACAAAUCAUUCCUUUAUUUAAUCUGGUGGUGGUGAUGGACAGAAGAGAUUUUAAAGCCAGCAAAUUGAAAUCAAUAUUUUUUUGUCCAGCGCCUGGUGUUUUAUUGAGUUAACAGUAUAUGUGUGCCUUUUUUUCUGGUGCAAGGAAAAAAGAAUGGAUAUAGAUUUUGAAGAUUGAAAACAAAUGUUUGAAAUGAUGUUCCGUAGUUCAAACAUUAUUGAACUCAUUAAAUCUGUGUGUGGUGUGUUUUACGGGACUGCGUUCAAUUUUUGCAGGUGUCUUGGAAUGAGAUCAGAUGUUAGCAAAGCUCCCAUACGAUGCACUUGGAUUAAAUAAAUAUCACCCACAUUAAAUAAAUGUUGAGCAAUUUGCUGAGAAAAUAAUCCCAUUUAUUUGUUUAAUCAUUGAAAACAAGUGAUUACAUCCCAGUGUUGGUCCCAGUUAUAGCUUAAUGCAGAGUGUCAAAAAUCAUACCAAUAUGGGGUUUUAAUAUCAAGAGAACAGAAAGGGGUGAAAGGUCAAAUUUCUAGGAAGUCUAGAAUUGGUGUUCUUCCAAAGAUAUAAUUCCUUAAUGGAAUAUGGAAGUAGAGAAUGAUUGCAUGUGAAGGCAGAAGUUUGAGCUGAGAGUGCUAUUGAUCCCACCGAGUUGGUCAGUAAAUUGCUGGCUUAUUAACGAAGGAAAGUCAGAUUCCGAUGCUUUGCCAGUUUCAGCAGUCACUUAGCAUGAAAAAACUUUUUCUAGAGGAUGGAGUAAAACAGUUUGGACAGCUGGUGAAAAUGGGAGAGCCUGCCUCCUCCUCCAGUCACCAGGACAAUAGCAGGGCCCCCUCAGGAAACAAUGAUUUGAUACUCCCUAAGCAGCUAGAAGAUAUCCAAGCUGCCCGGGACUUUCCACAGUACAGGCAUCGAUGGAACAGCAAUGAGGAAAUAGCCUCCAUAUUAAUCGCCUUCUCCAGACACAAAGAAUGGCUGAAGAUGGAGAUGAAGAUUCGACCGCCCAGCGGGUCAAUGCUCCUAUACAGCAGGAACCGAGUCCGCUACCGCAAGGACGGCUACUGCUGGAAGAAGAGAAAGGACGGCAAAAACAUUAGAGAGGACCACAUGAAGCUCAAAGUCCAGGGACUGGAGUGUAUCUACGGCUCUUAUGUCCACUCUGAUAUACUUCCAACAUUCCACCGGCGCUGCUACUGGCUACUUCAGAACCCAGACAUUGUAUUGGUUCAUUACUUGAACAUCCCGUACCAAGACAACACAAAGGUCAAGAUCCCUGUAGUCCCUCCCUACACUCUAGAGAAGAAAGAAUGGACCAAGGAGGAGCUCGUCGACCAACUGAGGCCAAUGUUUUCAACUGGUCAGCCAGGAGAGGAGUCUGAACAGAUGAUUGAUGAGACUGUGGAGGCUCUGGUCAAACAUUUGAUUGAAUAUCACGAAAAUGCCAACAAGUUCGUCAAGGACAAACCGACCACGGCAUCCGGUAACAAGAUAUCACGUGACACGCCCCCUCAUGUCAAAAACAGUCUCCACCUAUCGCACUACCACAAGAAACACGCGGGAAAUGGCAGCGAGGGGAGCUCUCAUGUCAUCCAUCACAAACCUGACAUAGCUCAUGUUCCAUAUCUGUUGAAUGUGGGUGGGAAGUUGAACGUACCAGGAAGCAGUUAUCUGCUCGUGAACGGACAUGGGGGCUCAGAGAAUGGACAUUCCUCCCAAGGUCUGGUGGUGCCAGAGGGUGGGGUUCUACAGCUCACAGGGGCAGAUAGUGGUGCCCUGGUACCCUGCCCCUCUGCCUCUGGGGCUGCAUCUCAGACCGAGGGCAGCCACUUAGACUAUCAAAGUGUUCAGAACUUACACAAUGCAUGUUCCAUGUCAGACAUAUGUGAUUCUAAUAGUAAACUAGUCAGCUCAGUUGAGCAAUCCUUGUUAAACUCAUGUAAACAAGACUUUACACCAAUGCAAUUUUCUACAGACACUUGUUCCUCGUUAAUAGGUAGCACAAACAUUAUUAAACCUGAUGUCAACCUUGUGCCGUACCUUAAAUCAGUAACUGUUGAAGACGUUCAACAUGUGAUUAGGUCCCACACUGAAGAAAACAAGGUCAAGUCUAAAGGAUUUCCAAGUGAACUAGAACAGGACCCAAUGAGUGCCAGUUUUGGGUCCUCAGACUUUGACAAUCUUGACCUCGAACUUCAUGACAUUGAGAAGUUGUGUAACUUUCUGGAGACUCCAGACGAUAGGUCAUCUCAGGACAUGGCUGGAUCCAUUCCUGUGACUGAGAGUGACAACAAAAUCAGUUCUGCUCUAGAUGACUUCACUGACUUCAAGUCCUCCGAGAAAGCCACGUCGAGCUGUCAGCAAUGCAGGGAGAAAUCAAGACAACUGUCGGUGGACCAUAAAACAGGCUCUCGGAAGUCCAGUGGUCGCGGUCUGGUGGACAUUGUGGAUUACUCCCCAGAAUCUAGCUACACAGAGGGAGGCAGUAAAUUACUUCUGAUAGGUCCAUGGACAAAAGUUUCCUCUACCUAUACAUGUGUAAUAGAUGGUGAACCUGUCCAGACCACAUUAUUACAGCCAGGUGUGCUCAGGUGUUACACUCCAGCUCAUGACAAAGGUUGUGUGCCUGUGUAUGUAAGCUGUGAUGGGAAGAACCUUUCCAGACCUGUUCCAUUCCUAUACAAAGAAAAUCCGGAAAAUAAACCCAGUUCCAGGUUUUCUUGGUUUUCAGUGAAUGGAAAAGAGCUGAAAUCUCUGCUGGUGGAGCGUCUUGUACAACUAGAGAACCGUCUGACCCAGUCACUGUACAGAGACGGGCCUGUUCCUUCCCUUCAACAGGCCAGUCAGGACUUGGUGGAGAGUGACGACAUGGAAGGGAAGCUACUCUGGUACAUCAAGAUGUUUUCUGCAGGCACCUGGAGGGACACAGAGAGCUUUCCUCAUUGUAGUAAAUAUGGCAUGACUUUACUGCACUUAACAGCAGCAUUAGGUUAUGCCAGGGUGAUUCAGGCCUUGUUACAAUGGAGAAUGGAUAAUCCAUGCUGGUUCUUGGAUUAUGAAGUGGAUGCUAAUUGCCUGGAUGAAAACUCUUGUACUGCAUUAAUGUGGGCUUGUGCUAAAGGCCACCAGCAGGCAGCUAUUGUUCUGUAUCAAUGGAACUCAGAAACCCUGAAGAUGACAACCAAAGACGGCUUCACUGCUCUGAAUUUUGCUCAAAUCUAUGGCCAUCAUCAGCUGUACAGUGAACUGAACAAGUACCAAACCUCUCUCACUGAUGUCUCUCAAUCCGCUGGAUCAGUGGACACAGCAUUCCCUCUCCCCCCACAGCCCCAGCCUAACCGUGAUCUCUUUAAGCAGCCCCACCCUCGGGGUAUCAACUCCCUUCACAUACAGAUACCAAAUCCUCCACAGCAACAGCCUGGAUAUCUGAUCCGCAGACAGAGCGAACAAGAUCUCAGAGGAAAGUCCACUCGUAAAAAACUCAGCAAGCGAGCAUCUGUGGAUCUACCGCCUAACUCAGAUGAUGGAAGAUCAGCUAGAGCGGGUUCAUAUGAAUAUCCAAUUCGAGAGACCAAUUCUGAGCCUUACUUACCAAUGGCCACUGACCAUCCAAUGACAAGGGGAGAGAACCCAAUGCUGUCAGAUAACAGGAGAGACAUUAUGUCCCCUGAUUUGAUGAUGAAUUCAGAAGUUGACCAACUGAAACAGGUCAAUCUGAAAAAUAUGGAUCCCAGCUCUUUGUCUAUCAUACAGACACAGUCAGGCUACACUAGAAUGGAUACAGAUGAGGUAGAGUCCAGUGCUAGCGGGAGUCCAAUCAUUGAUGUAGAGAGAGUGUCGUCUGAUGAAGAGUCCUACUACCAACAAACUCGCUCCAAAUCCCAGUCUAUUAGUUCGGACAGUUGCGAGGACAUUAAACACCAGAUGGUGGCACUAGCCAAGCAGAUCAUAGCUGCCAUGCCCGAGCGAAUCAAGCUCUCGCCGAGUCGCUGCGAUGAAGUGGAACCAGAAAGGGAGCGCAGUGGGUCGUACAGUUCUAUACAGUCUCAAUCCUCCCCACACGCCUCCUCUUAUGAGGAGGACUCCGGAAUCUCGACACCAAUGGGGGACACCUUUACCUUCGAUGACUACAGGUACACUGACCUAGGGACCCCCGCCUCUUCCCUAAGUCCUGACUCCACCUGUAUGCCCAGCCCCUACAGUCCCUACAGCUUCACCCUGGACUCCCCACCCCCCACCACGGAGGACUUCACUGAGUACUUCAACGCUCCCACCACCUUCAUGGAGAAAGACUUCUCCCAGCUUACGCUCUCAGACAAGGAGCAGAGGAAGCUGUAUGAGGCAGCCAAGGUGAUACAGAAGACAUACCGACAGUACCGGGACAAGCAGCAGCUACAGCAGCAGCAGCAGAAGGAGAUAGAGGCUGCGGUACUCAUACAAAAGUACUACCGCCGAUACAAACAGUAUGCCUAUUACAAGAAGAUGACCCAAGCUGCAGUGCUAAUACAGAGCCAGUUCAGGAGUUACUAUGCUCAGAAGAGGUUCAAGAAAUCACGAGAUGCAGCAGUGGUGAUCCAGAAUCAAUACAGGACUUAUAAAGAGCAUGAACGACUGAAGAAAGGAGGCAACAAGUCUGUGAUAAUCCAACAACGAUACAGGAGCCAUUAUCGGCGGAAGAAUGUGAAAGGACAGAGUUCAGAGGAACAUGUGAUUCCUGUAGUCCCCGACUCAGCAGAGAGCUCUCCUCCAGACCAAAGCAACACAACGUCAGACAUCACAAAACGGCCAGACGAUGAGGGGACCCCUGGAAGGAUAAGACUGGCAGAUAUAGCCGCUAGGAGUAUUGAUUUUCACACCUAUCCGAUGACACCUCGACUUCUGAAUAGUAUAGCCAUGUCUGCCAUGUAUAAGUUCGAUAUGUACGCUGAUCUGUACGAGGCGGAGAGUCGACUACAGAAUGCGCAUCGUCAAGUGUAUGCUCUGAACGCGAGGCUCGCGGACCUCGAAGCUCGCUACGGUAAGGCCCUUCAAAGUGGAAACAGAGUGUAUAGGUACAGACUCAGGAUGAAGAUCAUCACCAUAGAGGGGCUGAUGAACGCCUACUACGAGUACUCGCUGCUGAAGAAAGAGGAAAUCAAGGACCUUCGCUUCAAGCUGUUUGGUGAAGAGGACGACCGCCUGUGCCCUGAAAAUAGGCACCGUCAUGUGCAGAGACUGAACAAGCCGCCGGGACGUAAGGACGCUUUUCCACCAACAGUGUUCAAGAUGAGUUUUGAGUUUAUCAUUCCAUCACAAAAAGAUGACCUUCUGAACAAAACAGAAAUCAAUCAGUAUGUGGUGGAUGAGGUGUUGUCGUUCCGAGAGAUUCCCAGUGCUUUGCAGUCUGUGAAGAGCAGUUUUCGCAGUAAUGGGGCUCAAUGUUUACUUGAAAAGUUUGACGUGUUUUUCAGUAUAAUUAUUUUGAAAAAAGAUGUGAAACCAGAUUUAAAAGAAGAUGCCUGGCAGUUAAUUUUAAAAGUUGGCAAGUCAUUGGCCACAGAGGUAGCAGGUGUGUUGGAGGACACCUCCCUGGAGCCAGGGUCUCGCCUGGCGCACCUGAACCAGGUGAAAAUGUUGUGUUACCUGCUUUGUCAGUACAUGGAAAUGUUUGAAGACGACAGCAAUGAAAAAUCAGAUGUCAUCACAACAGGAAAGGGUCGAAAGAACAAGAAAUCAACAGACAUGGCUAUUGACUGGGAUGUGGAGAGAGAAAAUGGAGUCAAGACACUGCUUCACUUGGUCUCGCUGAAUAUUUUGAGGCUCUGGGAUCCACCAAUCGCAGAAGUAGAAUUUGUCAACAUGAUAACAAACUUGGUGUACAAACUACUGGAGAAUCCACACAUUGUGUAUGUGAAGGCCAAGGAGACAAGGACUGCAAUAUUUAACAUUGUAGGAGUAAUGGUGAAGCGCUACAACCAUGCACUCAGUGCCAGUCUGAAGAUCCUACAGCAGCUCCAGCACUUUGAGCACCUGGUGUCCCCGCUGGCAGAAAUGACCAGUAUCAUCACCACAGAGUACGGCAACAAGAGUGUGGUGGCAGAGAUCAUGCGGGAGUUAGGCAGGAAGGAUCCAAAGGACCUGGUCAGAGACAACACAGGGACAAAGUCGUUUGCCACCUUCCUUGUGGAGUUGUCCGAGAAAGUUCCUGGAGUGAUGAUGUCCAACAUUAGUGUGGUCCUCUGUCACUUAGAGGGAGAGUCCUACACAAUGAGGAAUGGUGUCCUGGGGGUGAUGGGAGAAAUCUUACUGAAGGUCCUGAGUAAGGACAGCUUGGAGGACAAACUGAAGGACACUCGAGAUCAGUUCCUGGAGAAACUAGAGGAACAUAUCCAUGAUGUCAACGCUUUUGUGAGAAGUCGAGUUCUUCAGAUUUGGUUGAAUUUAGUUAAUGAAAAGUGCCUCCCCCUGCCAAGACAUGAGCACCUGCUGAGUCUGUGUAUCGGUCGACUACAGGACAAGUCGUCCCAAGUCAGGAAGCAGGCCAUUCAACUCGUCACUGCAUUCAUCAAGUCCAACCCAUUCGCAGCAAAGCUGUCACUUGAGGACCUAAAGGCAAACUAUGAAAAGGAGAAAGAGAAGUUGGAGAGCAUGGCUCCAGAGGAACAAUCAGUUUUGGAAGAUUCCACAUUAGUGAAGAUUGAAGAGGAGUGGAAACCUCUGGAGAAAAAACUGAGGAAAGCUCUCAAAAAGCUGGAAGAAGAAGAGGAGAUGGAAGAGGACAACAAUGAAGAGCUGAUUCAGGAUGAGGAGUCUGCUAACAGUGUCAUGGACAGGAUUUACAACCUUUUGACUGAGGAGAAAUUUUCCGAUGCCAAACUGUUACUGGCUGCCUUCAAGGAUGCCUUCCCAGACAACUCUUUUCUACAGGACAUAACAAAAGAAAGUCAGAGUGAGGCUGACACUGAAGAUUCUCAGAGAUCCACUGAUGGCAACAUUGACUUGGGUCACAUGAAAAUGAUUUUCUUUGGUCACAAAAAACAAAGUCUGGUGAUUACCUCUGGCAUUGAAGAGGAGAAAGAGAAGGACCCCAUAGUGAAUGAGGUUACCAAACAACAAGUCCUUGUUCAGUACCUUAAGGACUGCUGUGCCUUUGCCACUCAGAUCCAGGCAGCUGUUCCUGUGAUCUGUCAGCUCCUGGGCUCAAAGACUAACACAGAUAUCCUGGAGGCCAUUGAUUUCUUUGUCACUGGUUUUGAAUUCGGCGUGACGUUGACCAUGAUGGGAAUUCGCCGUAUGUUGCACUUGAUCUGGUCCCGAGAAUCGAGUGUCAAAGAAGCUGUUGUGUCGGCUUACAAACGACUCUACCUCAACCCUCAGGGGGGAAACCAAAGAGCCAAAGCCUUCUCCAUUGUGAAGAAUCUGUCAGCGUUGUUGUCGGGGGCCAGUCUAGGGGAUUUAACAUCACUGGAGGGAUUGGUGGUGGAGCUGAUGAAGUCGGGGGAGAUUGAGCAGAGUGUGAUACAGAUGCUGUGGGAGAGGUUUGCCAUGAAGGUCCCCAACACCACCGUGGAGGACAGUCGGGCGGCAGUCACACUGCUCUAUAUGAUAGCGGGGGCUGACAUGGGAGUAGUCAAGAGCAACAUUGACGUCCUAGUGAAGGAGGGUCUGGGAGAGAGGGCGGAGAAUGACUUUAUUCUGGCCAGGGACACCUGUCUGGCCCUGCUGAAGCUGGGUCCUCCUAAGAAGGUUCAGGGACAACUCCAAGCAGAGCCGUUCCGCUUCCCCCAGAACCACCAAAUGUUUGACAGACUACAAACACUGCUCAUCAAUGGUGUUCAACAGUUUGAGAAUUCCUAUUGGAUCCCGUUUGGAGAGCAGGCCAUUAAUGUAAUAUACAAGCUUGCUGAACACCCUGACAUUAUCUGUGGUGACAUCAUCAAGGCCCUGGCCAAAGAAGUUAUCAAGGCAGAGCAACUGAAUCAGACUCUAAGUCAAGAGACACCAAUGGAGGAGGAGAAGCAAGAAGAGACUGAGCCCAAAGAGACUGACCCACAAGACGCCAGUCCCUCCAACAGCCAGGACACCAGUCCUUCUAACAGUCAGCCCAGCAGCCAGCCCAGCUCCUCAGCCACUGUCAUCCUGACCCGACUCAUCGCGUUCGCCGGUCACGUCGCCUUCAGACAGAUGGUCCACUUGGAUACAUAUGUGUUUGGUGAGCUGAAGCGGAGGAGGGCGAUACAGGAACAGAAGAAGGACAUGAAAACGCCCAAAGCUGACAGGCGGGGAAGCAAAGUGGAAAAGAGCACGGCUGAAGCCAUUGAAGAUGAGCUUGGUUUGGCUGGAGCUGCUGAGGAAGAUGCUGAUGCAGAGUACAUCCGUAAAGUGUGUGAUGUGGAGAUUGUCACAGGAGACUCGUUGUUGGGCAGCAUUGGUCCUCUGCUGGUGACUGUCUGCACCAAUCAGAAUCGAUACUCAGACCCCCACCUCCGGUCAGCGGCCACCCUGGCCCUGGCUAAGUUCAUGCUGGUCAGCUCAGAGUUCUGUGAGAGUAACCUUCAGUUGUUGUUCACUGUUCUGGAGAAAUCGCCUUACCCCACAAUACGAGCCAACACAAUCAUUGCUCUUGGGGAUCUGACGGUCAGAUUCCCCAACCUGAUAGAGCCCUGGACCCCACAUAUGUAUGCCAGACUGCGAGAUGAAUCUCAGACUGUGAGGAAGAACACCCUCCAGGUGCUAACACACUUGAUCCUUAAUGACAUGGUCAAGGUCAAAGGCCAGAUCAGCGAGGUUGCAACCUGUGUUGUGGACCAUAACGAACGAAUCUCCAGUCUCGCCAAACUCUUUUUCCAUGAGCUGUCUCACAAGGGUAAUGCCAUCUACAACAUAAUGCCUGAUGUGAUCAGUCGCCUGUCUGACCCCGAUGUUGGAGUGGAUGAGGAAAACUUCAGAAUUAUCAUGAAGUACCUGUUCUCCUUUAUUCAGAAGGACCGUCAGUGUGAAAGCUUGGUAGAAAAACUCUGUCAUCGCUUCAGGGCAACAAAGACGGACAGACAGUGGAGAGAUUUGUCCUUCUGUCUAUCCAUGAUGUCAUACAGUGAGAAGUCGAUACGUAAACUCCAGGAGAACUUUGCUUGUUUUGGGGACAAGUUGGCUGAUGAGGAUGUGUAUAGCUGUUUCUGUACCAUCAUCAGUAAAUCCAGGUCAUUUGCCAAACCCACAGCAAAGACCUUGAUAGAUGAGCUGGAGCAGCGUCUUCAACAGUGUCACACCAAAGGACUGGAGGACGGGGAGAUAGCGGUCAAGGCCAGCCAGGUCUCCUCCCAGGCGGCCGCACAGACUAAGGGGAAGUCCCGCACAAAGUCCGCCAAAACACCGGCCAAAGGCAGAACCCCAGCCAGAGGUAAGCGUGGUGGUCAACGCCGACUAGACAGCAGCAGCGAAGAGGACUUUGUGGACGGGGUGGAGAAUACGACCCCAGCCCCACGCAGCAAACGCCAGCCCAAGGGAAGACAGACUCGACAGAAACCCAAGGUCUCGUUUGAUUCUGACUCGGACAGUGAAAUAGAGCUGUUUGACCUAGAUAAAUCCUCCCAAGGCACUCAGGUGACGGGUGAGGGCGACCAGUCUGACGACUCGGACCUGAUGCCCACAAAGCGCUCAGCCAGGCGUGUCCUGACCUCCCCCCGCCGGAUCCUACCCCUCCAAGACCUCAACGGGGACGUCUGACGCACCCCAUCCCCCUCCUAGGGCCCCUCAGAGCGGGACCACGCCUUGUUCUGACGAGAGGAUGUAUACCGACGGAAUCUUGAUCUGUUAAUUCUUUCAUCAACGGAAUCUUAUGCUCUGUUAUCUCUCUCCAUUGUCUGCUAUCUCUUUUGUCAUAAUUAUGUAUCGUUAUUUAACCAUAUGAAUAAAUCUUAGAAAUAAACAAUGAAA